AUGGACCACAUCCCCCGAGAACUGUCUCCAUAUAACGCGCCCCAUACGCCAAAUAAUGCCAGCAUUCCAAUCAGCUUGAGCGGAGAACAAUCGCCUGUUCUGUAUCACUCUCGAAGACCGUCAAAUGCGCAAUUACAUAGCUCGUAUAGUCAGCAGACAGACUCUGAAGAGGGCUCGCAAACCCCAGAUGUCGUCGAAUCGACUGGUUUGCCACGCCGCGGUCAUGCCUUCAAGCGCACCGAGGAACCACCCCGGAAUGCUGCCAAUAAGAUCAUCUGUUGCCAUAAAGAAUGCAUAAAUCUAAGCCUCACUUUUGAUCGGAAAUGUGAAUGGAGUAAGCAUAUGGAUAAGCAUGACCGGCCAUACAAGUGCACCAUCGCUGGAUGUGAGAAACUGCAGGGCUAUACCUAUAGCGGCGGUCUUCUUCGCCACGAGCGUGAGGUGCACAAGAUGUAUGGAGGGGUCAAGAAGUCUCUAUUCUGCCCCUUCCCCGACUGCAAGCGCUCCUCCGGCCAGGGCUUCACACGGAAGGAAAACCUCGCUGAGCACAUCCGUCGUGUUCAUCACACCACUGAUGAGGAGAGAGAGGUCAGCCUCCAGGAUCUAGUUGCUAUCCAGACUGCGACGGGCUCUUUCCCGUUGGAACGCGAAAAUCGUGAAUGUAUUCUAAACAAGAUGGACCCGCGACAUCGCUGCCGGUAUGAGAAAUUCUGCCAGGCAAUUCGUUCACCCUCAGAUCUCCAAAAAGAAGCUUUGGAUACGCUGCUCGUGAUACGGUUUAUCUACGUCACAUUUCCUGAGGAGAAGCAACUUUGGGAGCUGAUGGUCCAAAAGGCUGAACGUUGGGUCAAGUCGCAACUCCCGGAGAGUGUGAUUUCAUGGGAGUUAGAAGGCUUACACGACGUCCAACCCGAAGAGCCAGACGACGAGGACAAUGCGAAAAUGGAAUGGGUCAAAGAUGUAUGAAAGAAGAGAGCACGAGAAGACAGCAUUGAACAGACAGCGAAUACACUAGGUAGUAGAAGAAAGAGCUCUGGACCAAGUAGCGGACACAUCUCCUAAGGGACAUAUCAAGGACGCCAGAAGAGGUAUUGUUUCUUUCUUGACACUUAGUUACCGAAAUAUAUGUGUAUUUCAGUGG